ACUUAGUGUGACGAGAGAGACUGAAGCUAUGAUAGACAGUGCUGCAGAUGUCCAGCCAUCUUUGCGUGAAAAAAGUGUGUCAAAAGAGAUUGAAAAUCUGACACAAAGUGCUGCAGAUGACAACCCAUCAUCACGUGAAAAAAGUGUGCCGAAAGAGAUUGAAAAUCUGACACAAAGUGUUGCAGAUGUCCACCCAUCUUCACGUGAAAGAUCAGUUAGUGUGUCAAAAGAAGCUGAAGAUGUGAAAUACAGGCCUAAUACUGGAGAUGUCCGCCAACCACCAUCUAGGGCAUCAGUUAGUGUUACAGCACAGACUGAAGAUAUAAAAGGUGGUGCUGAAGAUGUCCGUCCUUCGCCAUCCCGAAGAUCAGCUACUGUGGAAAUACAGAAAGAAAGUUUCACACGUAGUGUGAAAACGUAUGCUGCAUCAUAUCUUGACAGAGAUUUGCGCCACCUGUCAUAUCUGGACAGAGAUAUCCCCAGCCGACUUUUGAAGGAAGGUUCUGUUGAUGUGCCAAGAUAUGGAAAGUCAUACUUUGAGGGAGAUUUCCAAAGACGACUGUCGAAGGAAGGCUCUGUUGAUGUGCCAAGAUAUGGAAAGUCAUACUUUGAGGGAGAUUUCCAAAGACGACUGUCGAAGGAAGGCUCUGUUGAUGUGCCAAGAUAUGGAAAGUCAUACUUUGAGGGAGAUUUCCAAAGACGACUGUCGAAGGAAGGCUCUGUUGAUGUGCCAAGAUAUGGAAAGUCAUACUUUGAGGGAGAUUUCCAAAGACGACUGUCGAAGGAAGGCUCUGUUGAUGUGCCAAGAUAUGGAAAGUCAUACUUUGAGGGAGAUUUCCAAAGACGACUGUCGAAGGAAGGCUCUGUUGAUGUGCCAAGAUAUGGAAAGUCAUACUUUGAGGGAGAUUUCCAAAGACGACUGUCGAAGGAAGGCUCUGUUGAUGUGCCAAGAUAUGGAAAGUCAUACUUUGAGGGAGAUUUCCAAAGACGACUGUCGAAGGAAGGCUCUGUUGAUGUGCCAAGAUAUGGAAAGUCAUACUUUGAGGGAGAUUUCCAAAGACGACUGUCGAAGGAAGGCUCUGUUGAUGUGCCAAGAUAUGGAAAGUCAUACUUUGAGGGAGAUUUCCAAAGACGACUGUCGAAGGAAGGCUCUGUUGAUGUGCCAAGAUAUGGAAAGUCAUACUUUGAGGGAGAUUUCCAAAGACGACUGUCGAAGGAAGGCUCUGUUGGAUUAGCAGAUCUCCACCCAUCUGCAAUUAGAGGAUCAGACAAUUUGCUGAAUGAGAGAGGGAAAGUGACACCUGGAUCAGCAGAUCUCCGCCCAUCUGCAAUUAGAGGAUCAGGCAGUUUGCUGAAAGAGAGAGGGAAAGUGACAGCUGAUUUGACAAGACACACAGCAUCAAAUGUGGACAGAGGUCUCCAAAGACAGCUGGUGAAGGAAGGUUCUGCUGAUUCUACACUUGCUACCAAGUACGUGAAAGAUAAUGAAAAAAAGUAUCUGAAUAAAUAUCCUAUGGAAUUUGGAGGAAGACUUGGUACUUUGUUGCUGAUUUUGUUCCUGCCUUUAUAUGUCUUGAGUUUGUUUAGUUUUAAUUUGGUACCGGACCCAACAAAAUUUGAAGUAUUGUUUCAAAUGCAGCUUGUACUGAUUCCUCAAGUGGCUGUUGGAAUAAUAAUGCUUAUAAUUUUCCAAGCUUUACUUAGCAUUGUGCCUAUUGGCAAAGUUGUCAGUGGACCUCUGACUAAGCUUGGGAUUUUGAAAAUGCGGUGUAAUGGAAUUUUUGCAGCCCUGUUUGCACUGGUUCUAAUUUCAUCAGUGUGCUACUUCAAAAGGGAAGUUGCUGACAUUGUAGUCAGUGUGUAUAGUGAGGCUGCAGUUUCAGCAAUGCUUGUGGGAAUUGUAUUUUCUCUAAUUCUGUACAGAAGAGGUGGUAAAUUGCCUAUCUCCUAUCUUAAUCCAUAUGGAUCAAAAGGCUUUAUGUGGUAUGACUUCUGGAUGGGACGAGAAGUUACUCCUCGUAUUGGAAAAUUCAAUGUAAAGCUCAUCCUUCAUCGAUUUUCCAUAAUUAUUGUGAUUGCACUGAACAUGUUGAUUGCCAUAAAAGCAUAUUUGCAGGGAGUGGAAGAAGAAAUAUUAAGAUCUGUUAUAAUAUCUACAAUAUUGCAGUCGUUAUAUUCUUUACACUUUAUUUUUCAUGAAGACCUGUAUCUGUAUUCCUUCCUAGCUAUCUCAGAAGGUGUUGGAUACAUGAUAGCAGUGGGACUUAUGACAUUUCCAUUCAUAUUGACAUUCACUACAAAAGCUAUCUUGGACUAUAGAUUAAAGGCAUCACUGACAGAAAUGUAUAUUGUACUGUGUUCCUAUACAAUUGGACAAAUAUUAUUACAGUCGAGCAGCCACAGGAAAAUGCUCUCUCUAAAAAAUCCAGUCACCUCAGUUUGGAGGGUGAAUGUGCUGCCUAAAUGGAGUGCUGCUGUUCAGAUCAGAGCAUAUAUGGGAGAGAUCAUUAUAUACUGGGCUUUGGCUUUAGUUGCUGGUACCACUUACCUUGGUAUUUUCAUAAUACCGUCAGCAUUUACAGUUACUGUGCUUUCAAGAGCCUUCAGGGAAUAUAAACGUUCAGCAGCCUAUCAAGCAGGUGAAGUUAACACCAAACAAUAAUAAGCUGUAAUUCUCAGUAACUGUUGUGAAACAAGAUCAUGCUAAAUGAUUGUGAAUAUGGGGCUAACUGCCAUGUUCAAAUAUGGAAUCAUUUAUAAAAUGUUUUUUUGUGAUAACUACUGUGCACUAAUUGAACUGUCUUUGUUUAGCAAUUGAGCACAUACAUUUUCUUAAAAAAGAGUUUUCAAAGAUUUUAAGAUGGUCUAAAAUUACAAAUGAUCUUUAUGUAGCACUUUUUAUGUUCUUGUAAGUAAUCUGAAAGAUUAUAGGAGCAUCAACAUUUAUUGUGGCAAGUUUAGUUUUUAUUGAUCUAAGAAGACUGUUAAAACAGUAUUUUUUUAAAAAAUAUGUCUUUGGCUAGUACUUAUA